UCAGAUGACGACAAUUUAGAACCAACAAACUGCUUCUCCUCCUCACGAAAUUUCCUAAAAUUCCACCACUAUUGACCAUACCUUGUCUUACACGCCCUCGUUUUCUCUCUCCCACUUUUCUGUUCUUUUGAUCCCAAUCUUUUAAUUCGGGUAAUGUUAUUAGGAAUUUGCUUCAGUUUCAUGAUUACUCCGGUUUAAUUUUAUAUUGAUUGCGAAAAUUUGUGGUUGGUUUGUUCAUCUUUCUUAGGAGUUAGUUAUUACUGAUAGCUGAAAUGGCAUCACUUUCCGAGUCAUGGAUGCGGGAAUAUAAUGAAGCAUCAAAGCUUGCGGAUGAAAUAAACAGUAUGGUCUCUGAGGCAAGUACUCUACCGCCAACUGGAACACAGACACAGCGUCAUUUUUCUGGUACUCGUCGUAAGAUUACCAUAUUGAAUACUAAACUAGAGAAUUUGGAGUCACUUUUAGCAAAGCUCCCAAGCAUGCAGCCUAUAACAGCAAAAGAGAUGAAUAAGCGCAAUGACUUGCUGUCAAAUUUGAAAUCUAAAAUCAAUCAGAUGGCAAAUACUCUCAAUUCAUACAGUGCUGCUUACAGGGACCGUUUACUAGGUCCGGAUGUGAAGUCAGACGAUGUAAUGAAGAGAGCAUCUAACAUGGACAACCAUGGAAUUGUAGGCUUCCAACGUCAGAUUAUGAGAGAGCAAGACGAGGGCCUUGAGAAAUUGGAGGAGACUAUAGUAAGCACAAAACAUAUAGCACUAGCAGUCAACGAAGAGCUUACCCUUCACACUAGACUCUUGGAUACUUUGGAUGAUCAUGUGGAGUCUACAAAUUCUCGCUUGCAGCGCAUUCAAAGGAGAUUGGCCAUAUUUAAUAAACGCACCAAGGGAGGUUGCGCCUGCUUGUGUCUAUUGGUUGUCUUGAUCGUGGCUCUCAUCCUUGUUGUAUUGGCACUGAUCAAAUAUUUAUAGAAUUAUGUUCGGUCCUGGGUAGCAUAUUGAUCUCGAAACUUCACUGGAAGUGUUGAUAUUGGGAUCUGCAAAUGAAAUUACCGCUCAAACUACCUAUAUGACCUAUUUUUGCAAUGAUUGUGGAUUGAUUGCAGAUUGGACAGUCUCCAUGAAUAGUGUGUAAAGUAUGCAUCUUUCACAGUCAGCAAAUUCCACCCUUUUGUGUUAUCUCUCUUAGAGGGCGCAAUCUUUUGUCAAGUUAAAUCUCAGCAUCUGCUGAAGUUGUAUGUGAUGACCAUCUUACUAUUAACAUUGGCUUCUUUUGCCCGGAAAUUGUGCUAUUUCAGGAAUUCUGAAAUGGUGUAUUAACUCAUCUAUCUUUUAAAGUAAAUAUGUUCAUUUUAUCUUU